AUGGCACGCGGUUCCAUCAAAGGUUUACUCAAGACUUUGAAUAGUCACAAGUGGCAGAAACUAAUUUUAUGCCGAAGCACUUGGUCGUCCCAGUCAAGCUCGAAAACCACCACUAACGAAGACAGACGUUGGGAUAUUAUUUUGCUGAUCCGUUCAUUUGAUGACAUGCAUCAAAAUAUGAUUUCAGCGAAGUGGAGAAGACUGCUCAAAACAGUAAGGUGUAGAAAAGGCUUCCAUGUCUCUUCGAAAACCUGCAGUGCCAUGUUCUUCAAGUUGCUCCUUCAUCAAGAACACAAGCUCGACAAGUUUCUUCGAAGAGGGAAGAGACAGCGGGAAAAAGUUGAUCGAGGAAUAUUGACUUCCUAA